AUGGAAAAGGCAAACGCGAUGCGGACCUUUGCUCUCACACAGAAUGACCAGGAUGUCUUGAUUUAUGCAGACGCGUUUGAUUGUUUGGUUCUCGGCAGUCGGUCUGAAGUUCUCCGAAAGUUUGAGGAGCUUGAAAGCGAAUCUGGGCGCAGCAUCGUCUUCGGUGCCGAGGAAACCUGUUUUCCAAACAGCGAUGGCAUCUGUGAAAAGACCCCUCCAGCGAAGCACCGCUGGCGCUAUCUGAAUUCUGGGAUACUUGUGGGUCGUGUGCAUGCUUUCAAGACGAUGCUGCCGAAACGCUCGGAAGAGCAUGUGAAUGAUCAAGUCUGGUUCCAACUAUACCGCAGAGACAAUCCGGACAAAGUUCUUCUGGACACUGACUGCAAGCUGAUAUGCACAUUACUCCGCCUGCAGGAGGACGGUGUCGACGUAGGGGGCGGUCGACUACAUGUCAGGCCAACCGGCACAGCUCCCGCACUGGUCCAUUUUCCGGGCUUUGGCCAUCGUCCCUUCGGAAAAAUGCCUUAUAUGUGUGCAUAUACACCUAUACACAUCUGUUCAACAAAUUAUGUAUAA